CUCAUACUGAGACAUGACGCAUGGUCCUCUGUCUCGCUGCCAGGACCCACUGGGUUGCCAGCUGCCAAAUCUGCGAGCGUCUACGAAGUGACGGAUGUGAGCGUGAGUUUGACUUCCUUUCCUCUGGAUACCGCACUGAUGCAGUAGGCAUCGCUGGCAAAAGGCACCACGGGCCCUUUGCUAAUCUCAGAUUUCUCCACAGCUCCGGCACUACCACCCAACCUCAUAAAAGGCGCACACUUGUCAUGGCUCUCUUUUCUCUGGACAACCUGGUAAACAUGCAUCUCAUCACAUAACAUCACACAGUCACGGGGUGUCUUAUAUUGUCCUGAUGAAAGGGCUGAUCAUCUGCCCUCAUUCCAUACCCAGAGAAAGACGCAUCAACAUGAAUGAAAUAGGAAUGAUUCUUACAUUUACAUGAUUGAUUCUGAAUGAUUCUGAUAACAGAUUUUAAUUUUAAUUUUAUGAUCAUGUGUUACAUAUGGGAUUAUGGGGGUGUUGAAUUGUUGCUAUUUUUAUUAUAACUAUUGAUCUUAGAAUAGGUACAUUGCCUAUGACAGUGUAGCCUAUUCUCUAAUAUGUAUUUAGAUAAAUUGCAUACAUUCUAACUGGUCCUGGAUUUUAAUAGGUAAUAACCCCUUUAGUCUGCAAGUGCGAGCGGCAGGUAUUUAAUGCACAAUAUAAAAAGAAGAGCAACAGUGACAGCUGUGUACAUCUUACUUACUUUGGCACUGAUGUUAACCAUGGAAAUGAGUCAAACCAGGGGCAUUGUUAGGGGUGGGCUUUUAAAGUCUUAAACCCUGAAUGUUUUGAUACCAUCCCAAAAUGUUUUCCAUCUCAGGUUUAGAACAAUAAAUGCUCCUCCCCUUAGGCCACCUACUCACCAAAACAGAAGGCAUGAGACAGAUGACAUGGACAUGUGUUUGUUUGUUUUUUUCCCAAAAGCAGGAUAAAAAAGGAUGGUGAAGGGGAAUUUGCUACAGUUCAGGUUAUUGAAGGACAAACAAAGCAACUAAUAUAUAGAUUUUAGUUACUUAACUAAAAUCGUAGCUAAAGAUUUAUUUUUACUCUUAGAUGAGAAAACAUGAACCGACACCAUUCUGUUGCUGUACACUCGCAGCCUUAUAUAACUGUGUUGUUAUAAUGUUAGCCCUCUUCACUGUGAAACAAACCUGUUUGGUGAUGUUAUAAAAGUAUAUAUGGCUUGGUCAAAUUUACAUUUAUGGCAUUUAGCAGAUGCUCUUAUCCAGAGCACCUUACAAAAGAGCUUUGUCAUACUCACAGAAUGCCUCCUAGCCAGUACUGCGAUGGCUGUAGAACGUGCGGAAAAAGAAAGGAAAGCUGCUGGUUGAGGUAGCACUGUCAGGAAUACAAUAAAAACAAACCCACAUGGUGACAUUAUCUUGGUAACCAAAUAGGAAGCAAACACACACAAUUACGUGGCUCUCGGUGCCAUGUGAACAGUGACACUUACAUGGAGUGGGAAAUCAUGACAUACCCCACCCCCUUCAAUACACUGGUCAUGUAAUGCAUCUGAGGUCGUUAGGCUUCGAAGCAAGAAAGGACCAUGUGGUAAGACCACUGAGGCAAAUGUUCCAGAUCAGGAUCAGUGGCAGGAAAGGAGCAUAGAUGGGCACUGAGACGGGAACAGAGACCAGGCCUAAAACAGGGACCACAGAACAAUCAUGAGCCAGGAUAGGAGCUGCACAUGGAUGUGGGAAUGCCACAAAAGCUGUAGAUGAAAUAAAAGAUGGGCCUGGGACCGAGGCUGGAGAUGGAACAAGAAACAAGAAACAGGGAUGAACAGGGACCUGGAGCUGUGGCCAGAGAUGGGAACAAGAUGGGAAAAAUGAGCAAUGGACUGGACAUGGGAUUGAAUAGGAGGCUGGACAGGAAGCAAUAUGAUAGCAGGAGUAAUGUGCUGAACAGUAGAUGGGACAACUGGUGGAGUAGGGAACUGAACAGGAGAGUGGAUGACAUAAGAUUGAACAAGAGACAGUAUAAAAGGGAGCAUAGGGACAGGAACAUAGUCACACACAGAGAUAGGGAAGAUAUCAAGGCUGAACUCAGGGCGUUUGGGAGGCAGCAGAGCAGCGAUAACACACUCGGCGUAUGCGGAAAACCUUUGUGAGUGGUUGAAGAAAGUCUUGGCUGUAAAACGGCUUAUGUUUUCUCACCGUUUUCUGUUCGUGGACGAUUCCUAGAUUAACCUUGAGACAAGGUAGGAUCAUAUUACUUUGCCGUUUUGAUCCGCUAAAAUACCCUGUAUGACGUAUUUUGUGCAUGCUGUUCUUUUAAUCUCUUUAGCCUAUUAUUAUUAUUAUUAUUAUUAUUAUUAUUCCUCGCAAAAUUCUAAACUAGGCUAUUUUUCCAUUUUAGGAUUACAAGCCAUUUGUGUUUAUAGAAAGAUCAAAUAUAAGAUUCUAGUUUAAUAUAUGAGAUGGUUUUAAUGUCUUUAUUAAAUCUUACAACUUAUUGCAGAUAAUCAGUACUGUGAUGUCAUUUUUUCAUAAUCAGUAUAAAGCAUUUCUAAACAUUUUUGUUCAGGUGAUUUAGAUUUCCAAAUACCCUACAUGAAAAAUGUAAGUCAUACAGUUUUGUACAGUCGAGGGGGAUCAAAGAUCCUCUUUGUUGGUGGGUCAAAUUAUGUUUUAAUGGUGGAUGUCAACACCGAUCAUAUUAUAGAGAACAUCAGUCUGGCAGCUAACAUUGAUCACCUUUGUGAGAGUUCUUCUGAAAAUAUGGUAACAGUAAUUGAGGAGCUUCAGGAUUGCCUUUUAGUUUGUGGGACAAAUGGAGAACAACCAAAGUGCUGGAACGUGUAUCCCAGUGAGAACAAUCACACUAGUAAGGUCUUGGAAAGUGUUGAUGGCAUUUGCAUCUCUCCUCACAUAUACUCACAGAACUCCUUGACUCUUGUGGCAGAUGGAGACCUUUAUGCUGCAGCUCCUCUUUACAAGGAUGGAACUUCAUUACAGUUCAGACGGAAAGCUGGCAACAAAAUCAACAUGUGGAUGUAUGAUGCAUGGAUUGCAGAACCGACGUUCAUCUCUGCCUUCUUUGCCAAGAGAAUUGAAGACCCAAUUAAUGAAAAAAUAUAUGUUCUUUUUCGAGAGAAAAACCCAGACAACAGCCCAGAGGCUGAUCCUUGGCUCUCUAGAGUUGCCAGAGUAUGCAAGACUGAUCAGGGAGGGCCUAAGGGACUUCUUCAGAACAUUUGGACAUCCUUUCUUAAGGCUCGGCUUGUGUGUGCGAUUCCCAGGGAGUCUUUGUAUUUCAAUCGUCUGCAGGAUGCCUUUGUAUUGCACUCUGAAGACUGGAGGGAUUCACGUGUCUAUGCUUUGUUCUCAAGCAGCUGGAACUCUACAGCUGUUUGCAUAUACUCCUUAGCUGAGUUAGAUGAUAUUUUUGAGAGUUCCACUUUCAAAGGCUACAGUGAUGACAUUCCCAAUCCAAGGCCAGGAACUUGUGUCAACAACAGUAAAUCUCUGCCUAUCCACACUAUCACUGUCAUCAAAAACCACCCAGAGAUGACUGACUGGAUACACCCUAUACAGAAACACUCUCCUUUUUACAUUAGUAAUUACAAUUAUACCAAAAUAGUAGUUGACAGGGUGCAGGCCGCAGAUGAAAAAAUGUACCAUGUGAUACUGCUUGCCACAGACACUGGCAUGAUCCAUAAGGUUCUGGAGGAUGAUUCUAAACCUUUCAUUAUUUCUGAGACACGUCUACUUAAUGGCUCAGCCCCUGUGCAGUCUAUGAAACUAAAUUCUGAAAAGAGAAAGCUGUUCAUAGGUUACCCUGGACAGCUGUUUGUCUUAGACCUACAGAGGUGCCAGGACUAUAAUACUUCGUGUCAGGAUUGUGUUCUUGCCCGUGACCCAUACUGUGCUUGGACUAAAAAUGGAUGUACCUCACAAAUCAGAGGGGGCACUCAAAACAUUGCCACUGGUAAGACACAUGUAUGUCCUACAAAUCCAGCUCCAAAUGCAGUGAGAACCAAGCGGCAUGUACCAUCGUUAUUGGCAUCUUCCUCAAUAAUAGAACACACUGUGCCCCAUGGCUUUCCCUUCUACCUCUCCUGCCCUAUCAUGUCCCACCACGCCACCUACACCUGGAUGCACAAAGGUGAGAGAAUCUCCUGCCAGCAGACUGAGACUGACUGCCUCCAUCUCAUACCAGCAAUUGGAGCAGGUGACUAUGGAACAUACAGAUGUGAAACAAGGGAGCGUGACUACAGUCAAGUGGUUAAAGAAUAUCACCUGGGUGUCUUCUGGUCUGUAAACAACGGGUUUAGACUGACAGAGCAGAAAGAACCGCUGCUGGCUGUGUGGGCUGCUCUUCUUUUUAUACUGCAUGUGUAAAGUAUGAGUAUGAGUCUGAAUUACACAUAGCAUGGCACAACCCUGGUUAGACUGUUAGUCACUCUGUCAGUGAAGUCAUACUCUUGCAAAAGUGAUACUCCCUUAUUUAUUGUUGUGGUUGUUUGGCAGAUACUAGAAUAACUGAAAUAUCUUGCUCAGGGCUCAUAUUUAAAUAAAUACAACACAGGAUUUAAGCAGUCAUAAAAUGUUUUUUUGUCAUUGUAUUAGUAGGUUACAUGUUUGUCUAAUUAUACCAUGGACUCUGGACAAAAACCCAAGGUUCCUUGGAACAGUAAGUAAGUACCGAAAGGUGCAGUGGUAGUUCAGUGGGUAAUGUACUGGACUUAUAAUCAGAAGGUUUCUGGUUCAAGUCCCGUUGCCACUGUUGGG